GAAACUAAACGUUCAGCUCACCCCUUUUGUACAAUGUGGUUUUUGCAAAGAAUUGUCCAAACAACUCAGUCGUUGGUAAUGGUCCCAACUCUAGUACUGCUUUUGCUCAUGAGCACAACUAAUGGAGUAGAAAACAGAAAACCAAACGCUAUAGAGAGGUUUGAGUACUCAGCCAUGAACUGCAGAGACCACAGUGCGUCAUUGGCUGAUUUUGGAGGAGUUGGUGAUGGAAUCACAUCAAACACAAAGGCUUUUCAGGCUGCAAUCAAUCAUCUGAGUCGGUUCUCAUCGGACGGUGGAUCUUUGCUCUUUGUCCCACCUGGAAAAUGGUUGACUGCUAGCUUCAAUCUCACCAGCCAUUUCACUCUCUUUCUUCACAAGGAUGCUGUUAUUCUUGGUUCUCAGGAUGAGAGUGAAUGGCCAGUGAUUGAAGGCUUGCCAUCAUACGGACCAGGAAAGGAUACCGACAGACGAUUUAGCAGUCUUAUCUUUGGGACCAAUCUCACUAAUGUUGUAAUUACAGGGGACAAUGGUACUAUUGAUGGUCAAGGUGAAUUGUGGUGGCAAAAAUUCCGUAAUAGAGAGCUAAAGUUCACCCGGCCGUUCCUGAUAGAAAUCUCAUACUCUGAGAAUGUUCAAAUAUCAAAUUUGACGCUGGUCAACUCUGCAAAUUGGAAUAUCCACCCUGUUUACUGCAGCAAUGUGAUUGUUCAAGGCAUUACAAUCCUUGCUCCUGUUACAUCUCCAAACACUGAUGGGAUCAACCCAGACUCCUGCACAAAUACAAGAAUUGAGGAUUGUUACAUUGUCUCUGGAGAUGAUUGUGUAGCAGUCAAGAGUGGCUUGGAUCAGUAUGGCAUUGCAUUUGGGAUGCCAACCAAACACCUUGUCAUCAGACGCCUCACAUGCAUAUCUCCAACAAGUGCUGUGAUUGCUCUGGGAAGUGAAAUGUCUGGUGGGGUUCAAGAUGUGAGGGCGGAAAACAUCGUUGCCAUCAGCUCAGAGUCGGGAGUAAGGAUCAAAACCGGCAAAGGAAGAGGAGGCUUUGUGAAGGACAUAUAUGUCAAAGGCAUGACCAUGCACACAAUGAGAUGGGUGUUUUGGAUGACAGGAAAUUAUGGCUCCCAUGCAGACAAUGGCUAUGACCCCAAUGCUCUUCCUGUGAUCCAGAACAUUAAUUACCGCGACAUGGUCGCCGAAAAUGUGACCAUGGCAUCUUGGUUAGAGGGAAUUCCGGGAGACCCUUUUACUGGAAUAUGCAUUUCCAAUGUCACAAUUGCAUUGGCAGAGACGGCGAAGAAAUUGCAAUGGAAUUGUACAGACAUUGCUGGAAUUUCAAGCGGUGUCGUUCCUCAUACCUGUGAGCUUCUUGCAAACCAGAGUCUAGAGAAGUGGACAACAUGUGAUUUCCCAGAAGACAUCUUGCCCAUUGAAGAAGUUCAACUUAAGAAGUGCUCUUUUAGAAGCAAGUGUGUGUGAGAAAUCAUUCAAAAGCAAGAUAAAUCAGAAAGGGAAGUAAUGCUUGACUUGAAGCUUCCAUAUUUUGGAUACAUCAAAUGCAAUGUUAUUAAUUUAUUAAUUUACUUAGGCAAGGGUUCAUUAGGAGGAAUAAGAGGGGAAUAAGAGGGGGCAAAGGUUUGUUAGGAGGAAAGUUGUUAGUUACAAGUUAG